CUAUACAUGAAACUGGAUAAAACUGGGAUUUUCUCAUCUUCUGUUGGAUCAGUUUCCUCAGGUAUUGCUUUCAGUACCACCCAUUGGACGGUUAAAUUACAUCAAGCCUGUCUUGGUCACACAAAGAGGUCAUUUAAAGAGCCUCCCGAUGGAGAGAAGAGCUUUGGCUUUGAGGGCGAUGAUCAAGAAGCAUCGUCCUAAGACAGAGAAUUUGGACCCUCGAAAGUGGAUGAGACAGGAGACUAUGAGGGGCUUUGCUGACUUUAUACUGAACAAGGACUCUGACAAAGAAACAGACAACAGCUUUGACAACAAAGAGAUGUUGUUGGAUGCAGAGAAGCAGUUUAUGGAAGCAGCUAAGAGCAAUGAUGUGGAGACCAUGAAGACUCUUGGAAAAGGGCUGAAUGCCAAUGCAAAGAAUGUGGAUAACAGGACUGCCCUUCACUAUGCAGUAGCUGGCAAAAACAAGGAAGCUGUGCAGCUUCUUCUGCAGCGGAGGGUCAAGGUGGACCAAAAGGACAAGUACGGUGUGGCACCCAUUCAUUUGGCUGCCUGGUUUGGCAGCUUGGAGAUCCUGAAAUUAUUAGUGCAGGCUGGGGCUGAACAGAAGGUUGAGAACACGCAAGGACUGAACAUCAUGCACUGUGCUGCUAUUAACAACCACACUGAAAUUAUAGAGUAUAUAAUGAAUGACCUGCAGAUGAAAGAACUCGACAAAGAUGACCAGUCAGGACACCGGGCAUUUGCAUUGGCAGCAGAGCACGGGUGUGUUGAAAUGAUGGAUAUGCUGACUAGGCCAUACAACAUGGACACCAUGAAGCCCAACAAGCGCGGGGAAACGCCCCUGCACUUAGCUGCCAGGAACGGCCACUUGGAUGCCCUCCAAUCGCUGCUGCAGAGCUUUGAUACUCGGGAUGAAGUCAAUAUGGAUGGCGAGACAGCUCUGUACCAGGCUGCUGACAACGGUCAGGAAGCAUGUGUCCUGGCCCUGCUGGAGGCUGGCUGUGACCCCAACAUUCUUACAACGGCCAAAUGCAGUGCUCUCCAUCCAGUUGCAGAAAAAGGAGACACCGCUCUUGUCCAACUCCUCUUAGAUCACAAAGCCCAUACGGACUUCCAGAAUCAGCACCUAGAGGCUCCUAUCCACCUGGCAGUGAAGAACAGUCACAUCCCUGUCAUCCAUUCUCUACUGAAGGCUGGCUGCAACAUUAAUGUCACCGAUAAGAGGUCCCAGACUGCUAUCCAUCUUGCUGCAGAGCUGGCUAGAAUUGACGUCGUGGAAAUGCUUCUUAAAUCCGGGCUGGAUCUGACACUCCGGGAUAGGCAGGGUAAGACGGCUCUGGGUGUGGCAGUCAGAGCAGACGAGGUGAUUAUUGUGGACAUGAUCAUCAAAGCAGAAAGAUACUACGCCUGGAGGAAGGCCAACACAGAACCUAAUGAGAGUGUUCACAGCGAGUAUGCGCUAACAUUUAAACUUGACCACCGCUAUGAGAACAAGCAGCUCCGCUCCAUGGCCUGGCGCCUGGCGUACGAGCUCCUGAAACCAGGAGACUGGAAAAGACUUGCAGAACACUGGGGCUUCACUAAGGAACAAGUUUCGGCCAUCGAGGAGCAGUGGACAGGUCAACACAGCUAUCAAGAGCAUGGGAACAGGAUGCUGCUGAUCUGGCUCCACGGGGAGAGAUUGGCUCAGAAGAGCCUUGCUAGAGAACUCUACGAGGGCCUCAUUCUCACAGGGAACAGGAAAGCUGCAGAUAAGAUUCGGAUGGAGGCAGAGAGUUCCAGCAGUAAGAGCUGCAGCAUUUCAUGAGGAUGAACACUGCAACAUA